AUGGAACACCCUUCUAAUUCCCGGCGUAGUUCUUCGCGUGCUUCCCGCAUAGCAACGCAAGAACCUGAUACCAACGAGUCCUUCAUGUCUCAAACAUCUCAGUCUCAAUCUCUCCCUACUACCCCCCUCACUACCACCUUUGAAAAGCCAAUCCCUGGGAAACGCCGGAGGACACAGCAGUCAGUGGACGGUGAUGACAAGGCUUCGCAAAUGUCGCAGGAUGUGCCUGAGACGCCAAAUCAGAAUGACUCAUUUAGUGCUCCUCAGGUAACAACAUCCGGCUUUGUCGCCGUAAAUCACGCACGGAAUCAUAAGCCCGACGGUCCAAAUGGCGACACGGCCGAGACCGCUACUCCGGCAUCUAAUGGAAAACGCAACUCUCAGUCUGCGAAACAGUCUAAUCUACACGCCUUUCUUGAGAAUGCGCGUCAUUUUGUGACUGAGACAGAGGUGGCUGAAUCAAAGAAAGACAAGCCUGACAAAGCACCCGCACUGGAAACCUCCGUGACUGAAGGCAACCGCAAAACGCGAAAGUCCAUGCCAGCUAAACUAAAGGAAGCUGGAGGCGUUGAAAACACCCCUGACCAGACUCAAAUAACUACGCCGCGUCCAGGACGCAAGUCGAAGAAUGCAGCAGCCGAAGCCAAUGCCAAAAUCUCGAAGAUGUCUGCUCGUGGACCUCGACAGAAGAACACCGAGAAGGCCCUCAAAGAGCAAAACAAUGCAACAUCUGCUACUCCAUUACCGCCGUCAAGCACCCGUCGUGACCGCAAGUCCGCAAGGAAAAAUCAAGAAACCGCCGCAGACUCUACUAAUGCUACUCCAUUGCGAUCUACGACUAGAAGACGUGGAGUUCCCCAGGAGGUGAACGGAACUCGUGAACCAGAAGUGCCAGAUAGUGCAUUGCAUUCUCCGGACAGUAUUCAAUCCGACAACGACACGGAGGUAUAUGUCGACGGUCAAAUGGACGGUCAAGCAUCACCGAAAAGCUCGGCAACCGCCCGGAUUUCACGAAGAAAUAGGAAGCCUACGAUGCGUGCGAUGGAGUCCUUCGAGUCAGAAAAGAGAUACCGCCGAAAGAGAGGCGCUUCUGCCAGAGCUGAUUCACAGUCUGGUGAAUUAAACGGAACCGUUCAUCCCGAUCUGGCACUUGUUGCCCAACGGUUGUUCGAAUUAGCCGUGGAAGCCGUGUCACCAAGUUUCAAACCGACCCCAGAUGCCAAAACCCAGCUUUCCCAGUUACGCAAGGAGUAUUACGCCAAGAAAGAACAACAGAACGCUCCGUCAAUAUCGACACGUAAGGGUAAGGCUACGGCGGCCGCGACCCCGGCGACAGCAGCGACAAGUAAACCAGGUGUUACAAAGAAAAGUAAGCAAAUCUCGCAACCGUGGACGGACGAGAAAGGCUGGAAACACACCGGUUUUGUCAACGAGCAUGGAGAGGAGUACCUUCUGGUACCUUCUGACUCUGAAGUGUAUCGCCCAAACAACACCUAUGGCGACUCAAAGCUCCCGCUACCACCAAUCCGGUUGAAGUCUCGCGAACAGCUCGACAAAGACCGCAUUUUCGGCUUCCCCCCACGCAUCGGAGAGCGCAACCUCCCCCGAAAUAGCCAAUUCACAUUUUACUACGAAGAUGUCGACGAAGUAAGGGAGAGAAUACUGGCCCGCGAGGAGGCGCGCCGGAUUGGUAUUCCCGUCGAUCGAUCGAUGCAGGCCGCAGAUAUCCGUGCUAAGAUUGCCCAACACCCUUCUAAACCAGAAAUCCCGAAGGAAACGCCUAAGCCGGUCGAGAAGGUCCGCAGGCGACGCCGGACUCAGGUGCCACCGAAUGAGGAAAGCUCGGACUAUCAGCCCAAGCAGCGACGGCGCCGUCGCGCUACGGCACCGGGAACAUCGGCUCAAGCGUCUGCACCCGAGUCACCCGAUAAGAAAUCGAUGAAGAUUAAAUUGAAAUUCGGAAAGGGUAUCGCCGCUGCUAUCGAUGCUGGGAAUAACGGCACGAAUGCCGAACCUCCCAAGAAACCAAGACAGGAAAUAGAUGAUGAUCCUAAUCUUGAAACCCCCAGUACUGGUCUACCACAUCAAAUGCACAAUGAACAUAAGACUCUCGACCAUGACACUCCAAGUCCACCAAGAAAACGCAAUCUCUCGGCGGCUGAAGAUAAUCCAGAUGAGGCACCCCCGGCUAAGAAACAGAAGCUCUCAGAAUCCGAGGCGGCCACCGCUGAUGAUGAUCAGGCGACUGGGCAGGGAGCAAACGAUACCCCCGGUCGGCGGCCCCGCCGUCGCGCUACGGGCAAUUGGUGGGACAUUGCGGGCAUCUAG